GGGGUGAUUUCACGCUCGCACCAAAAUUGGUGGUUGUUUCUGUUUGACCUUCAACUCCGACAUCACCAAACCAAAGAACUUUACGAAAGCCGCCAAGAUGCAGAUCUUCGUGAAGACUCUGACUGGCAAGACCAUCACCUUGGAGGUCGAGUCCUCGGACACGAUCGACAAUGUGAAGUCCAAGAUUCAGGACAAGGAGGGAAUUCCCCCUGACCAACAGCGUCUUAUCUUUGCUGGCAAGCAGUUGGAGGACGGCCGUACUCUCUCCGACUACAACAUCCAGAAGGAGUCGACCCUCCACUUGGUCCUCCGCCUGCGUGGUGGUAUCAUCGAGCCCAGCUUGAAGGCUCUGGCCAGCAAGUUCAACUGCGACAAGCAGAUUUGCCGCAAGUGCUACGCUCGUCUCCCACCCCGUGCCACAAACUGCAGGAAGAGAAAGUGUGGACACUCGAACCAGCUUCGCCCCAAGAAGAAGCUCAAAUAAACGAUUUCACCCUCAUCACGGUCUUUGGCGUCACGGUUUUUCGGUUCGCGAUCAUCGAGAGUACAGGGAGGGGUUAUUUCGGAAAAGCUUUGGCGCACAGGGAAGCCAGGGACAUCUGACAAGUCAAGGACUUUGUCGCUGCCAUACAUCCAAAGAGCCUCAGAACAUGAUUCCAUGAAUUUUUUCAUCAAAAUACCUGAUACCUUGCCUACUGUUCUACCGUGCCGCACGUGAUUGUUAAUUACAGUAUGAUAGUGAAUUUCGUAAACUUAGAAAGGAGUUGGUGGAGACUUAUCCAUAGCCGGUAAAGUGCAAGCAGACGGG